CGUGAGUGUCGGUUUACAUUACGGGUCCUUGAGUUGACAUGGUCCUCGAGAGUGUAAAGUCUGUGCUGCUCGUGAGGGAAGCAAGCCAUGCAGACACGCAGACGCAACACGCCAGCGGCCGAGCCGAUCCUCCAUGUGCAAGCACAAUCAGAGAAGCACGGCAACGAACACGAGAUACAAACAUGGUCGCGCACAUCCAGUCUGCCUGGGCUUUAUCGACAAUCUAUGCAUGCUACGCACUCCUCGACCACAGAGCAUGCCAGCGGAAGAAAGGAAGUCAGUCAACACUGGGGAUCAGGGGGGGAGCACACCGAGAAAGAGGCGGACUAGGCGGACUCAGAUCUUGGCCUUGUAGACCUUCUGGAUCAUCUCGGGGCUCAUCUUGAUCAGCUUCUGCGCACACACACACACACACACACACACACAACACACACUCUGAUGUGAUGCCCACAUGCCGUCCGUCUUUCCACUUAUCUCUCUCUCCCUGCUCGCUCACCUGCUUGGCUUUCUUGUGCCACUUGCGGAUCUUGCUGCUGUCCUUGAUGACCUGCACCGCGCCCUUGCCCAGCGCCUUGACCUCAUUCUCGGCCUUGCGCUUCUCCUUCUCCUUGCGCUUCUCCGCCACCUUCUUCCGCCUGUCGGCCCGCUGCUGCUUCAUCUCCCGCUCGAACGCCUUCAUGUCGUCCUUCUUGCGCUUGGCCGCCCGCCGGUCCUCAUAGGACUGCUGCCGAUGCGCAAAGUUGGCCGCCAUCUUCUUGCUCGCCCGCUGCCGCACCUCAGCGUGGUCGUGCUUCCAGACUCUGCCGCUGCGUGGCCGGCCGAUCUUGGCCCUCUCUGCUCCAGCCGGCUUGGUCUUCUUCUGGAUGUCUUUCUUGACUCUCUUGAUGGCUCGGUCCUCUGGUGUUUUCUUGGUCGCUGACGCCGUUGAGGGCGGCGCCUCUGCCUCCAUAGGAGUGGGACCAUCGCUUGGUGACGCCAUUGCCGGCAGGCACGACAGAAGGGGAUAGAUGUGACCACUUUUCUUGCUCUAAUGUCAGGGAUGGUCCUCAGAGUGCUCCACAAGUCCUCAGAUCACUCCCAAG